AUGCCUCUGUCCACUGAGCCCGACAACAGCAAUGGGUCGUCGCAACGCUGCAACGACUGCGGCCCAUCGCUCGCCUACAACUGCAAGCACCAACACCCACUGGGAAUGCGCGACCCGCCUCGACGCUUCCGCGUCACCGUCGCCACCAGUGACCAGCUCGCGCAGUGGCUCGAGAAGAGCGAGAAGCUCGCUGCGCAGAGAAAAGUAAUCGUCCAAUACCACAAGCUGAUCCGGAGGCGCAAGGAGCCUGAGACCGCCGACCUCUGGCCCUUCGGCAUCCACCUCGAGGAGAAAUCCGUCCCGGAGCUCAGUAUCGUCGAUGGCGGCGUCGGCGGCCUGCUGGCCCAACUCAACCUGCUGCACGCGGAGGAUUCCGAGCCCUGGCUAGACGGACGCUUGCAUCCGCUGUCGACGCCCUCGCUGGAGCAGAUGGGCCGCGCGUGGGCCGACGCAGAGUACGACAUCGUGGCGACCCUGGUCAAGAGGGUGCUGGUGGCCUUGGUGCCGAGACUGUGGCAUGACAAUACAGCGCGGCAGUUGAAGUCGUUGCUCAAGACGUUAUUCGAUGAUAAAGGGAAGCGCCGCCUGCAGCAAAAGCCGUUCACACACCGCACCAGAGGCCGCUUCAACUUGCUCUCCUGGGACGACAACCACCUGCCCGCGGGCGCCGUAUACGACGGCAUAGUGAACAAGACAUGGUCCUUCUGCACCGCCGUGCGCGAGCUCGUCACCAUCCUCGUGCGGCAGCACAGACAACUGCCCAAUCUAGGCGUCUACAAGGCCUUCAUCGUCAUCAACAAGGCUGAAAACAGCUACCGCGUCUUCUCCGCCACCGCGUCCCGCGCCUGGCUCAUGGCGCUCCUCGGCACCGCCCCGGCCACCACUACUGGCUCCCCGCACAUACUGCCCCUCGGUCUCAAGCUCCAGCUCACGCGCUUCUCGUCCUGGGCAGCCAAGUCGCAGCUGCUGCCGGCCUCGCAGCUAACCAAUGGCUUGCUGGUCCUGUUGGCCCAGCUCCUGCACCCGUAUACAGAGCAAGUGGAGCGGGGGGCGCGCGAGCGGCAGAUGCGCUUGCUGAGGAGGCAGCCGGUGGGUGAGCGUGUGCGUGCUGCUGGAGGAGGCAAAGACGGAUAUGGUGGUGGUGCUGCUGAUGAUGGGGGAGUGGACCAGGCUCCUGCCAGUGGUGGAACUGACGAAGAUGAUGGUACUGGCGGGGAUGAUGACUGGGAUGUCGAUGUUGAUAUUGACAUGGAAGCUAUUGGCGAGGAGGACCCGGACGAGGACAUUACCAGCGGCGCCUACGACUCUGACGAUUUCGAGGAGGACGACACGGACGAAGACGUCGGCAUGGACGACGAGGCCACCAGCAAGCAAACCACCUACGUCCCGCACAGCAACAAACACAAACACACGCACUACUGCCCCCUCAACAGCACCCUCUACAACUGCCCCCGCCACCACCCCCACCGGCACUCCAUCCCCGCGCUCGCGUUCGCGGCCACGGCCGCGGCCAACGCCGCAGCGCCCGACCUACCCUCUCUUGGUGACGAUGGCGCUGAGUUCGAGUGCGCGCUGCGCAGGGCGUGUUGGCUGGGGCUGAGGGGCGUCGUGAGGGGUGUUGAGGCGGAGGAGGAGGAGGAGGAGGAGGAGGAGGAGGAGGAGAAGGCAGCGGUGUCGCGUAAGCGCAAGCGCGGUGAUGGUGAUGGGAGGGAUGAGGAUGGGGAAAGCGAUAGGGGGGGCUCGCGGCUGUGUGUAUAG